AACAGUCGAACCGGAAGACGGAAAUCGUGUUUUUAUUACAGCCCGGUAUUCACGUCUUGUAACCUGUACAAAGUGUUGUAACAUCAACGAAAACAAAGACGCCUAACCUGGCCUCAAAGAUGGCCUUGAAAGGUGGAGUGCCUUUCACCCUGUCCCUCUUCAUGUUUGUCUCCAUGCUGUCAUCUCAAUGUGACUGUCACCCUCACCCAGCCAGGGCUGUGUCCAAUCAUACUGAAAGGAAAGUCUCAGACAUAGUAGCAGAGGUAGCAGGCUAUGCUGAUGUGGCCAAGAAGAUUAUUGACCUGGCCGUGUUUGGAGCUGCCCAGAACCGCUCUUACAGGCGGCUAGCUGACUUCACCGACACCAUAGGGAACCGUGUCAGUGGCUCACACAAUCUGGAGUUGGCUAUCAAAUACAUGUACAAUACUAUAACAAAGGAUGGGUUGGACGUACAUCUAGAGCCUGUCAAAAUCCCACACUGGGUGAGAGGGAAGGAGAGUGCAGAAAUGAUUAUGCCCAGGGCCAAAAGUCUGGCCAUACUUGGAUUGGGUAGCAGUGUAGGGACACCACCUGAAGGCAUCGAGGCUGUAGUGUUGGUAGUUGAGUCUUUUGAGGAACUGAAGCGUAGAGCCAACGAGGCUGUAGGGAAGAUUGUGGUCUUUAACCAGCCAUUUGUCAGCUAUGGGGAAACUGUGGCUUACCGUGCUUACGGCGCCUCUGAGGCAGCCAAAGUGGGAGCUGUGGCCACACUCAUUCGAUCCAUUACACCAUUCUCUAUUAACAGUCCCCACACAGGUUGGCAGGACUACCAAGAUGGAGUGAAUCGCAUCCCUACAGCCUGUAUCACUGUGGAGGAUGCUGAGCUGAUGUGGCGUAUGGCACAGAGAGGGCAGAAGAUUGUGGUCAGACUCACAAUGGAAGCCAAGACGCUGCCGGAUGCCGACUCCUACAACACAGUGGUUGAGAUAACUGGCUGGCAACACCCUGAGCAGGUCGUCUUACUCAGCGGUCAUUUGGACAGUUGGGAUGUGGGCCAAGGCGCCAUGGAUGAUGGAGGUGGAGCCAUGAUUUCGUGGGAGGCCUUGUCGCUCAUCAGGGACUUAGGUUUGCGUCCAAGGAGGACACUGCGAACAGUGCUGUGGACAGCUGAAGAGCAGGGUGGAGUUGGAGCACAGCAGUACUAUAAUCUACACAAGAUAAACAUCUCUAAUUUUGACCUGGUCAUGGAGUCUGACUUGGGGACAUUUACCCCACUGGGUCUGCAGUUUACUGGAAAUGAUGCAGCACAAAAGGUGAUGGAAGAAGUGGUCAAACUGUUGGCUCCCAUUAAUACAACCAAACUGGAGGCACAUGGAGAAGGGACAGACAUCUCACCGUGGAUGCAGGCAGGAGUACCAGGUGCUAGCCUCCAUGUGGCAGACAGUCGAUACUUUUGGUUCCACCACAGUGAAGGUGAUACCAUGACCGUUCAGGACCCUCGAGAAAUGAACCUCUGCUCAGCAUUGUGGGCUGUGGUUGCCUAUGUCGUGGCAGACCUAGAGGACAUGCUGCCUAGGUAGCCAGUUAGCACAAAAAGAUGCAGAGCGUCCAUUGAACAUAAAGACAGAAUGAUCACUGUGAAAUGCAGCUGGAUUGAUAGUGCCAAAACAUACAAUGUUUUUUUUUUUUUUAGAAAUUGUACGUGACCUGUUCUUGGAUUCACAAAGAGAGGUUAAAAAAUAUUAAAAAAUAGAGGAUAAAAUAGUGACUCCUCUGUAUUAACUAACCACUGUAAGUUGCAUGAUAUUGGCACAUAAAACUGUUUUAAUUUAUUUAUAGUAAAUGAAAACAUGAGUAAUCACAAAUACAUAUUUUUCUUUAAAUAAAGACCCAAUAGAUUUACAUAAUGUAGCUCAGGACUGGGUCAUGAUUUCUUGAAUCUAAAGUAAGCUUAAGUUCACUCAGGACCAAAGAGGGCUGAACUGAUUCGGUUUAGUGAACGAGACAAGACCAAGAAAAUGAGAAUGUUCUUUCUCAGGGGCUGUACUUGUAGUCAGUAUAGUGUGUUGGUCUGUGUAGAAAUGAAAGAAAGUAUUAGAAAGUCUGAAGACUCACCUGUGAGAAAGAGAGAGUGCUUCUUGUAGUGUUGGCUUACAGUCAAACAAACUCAUAAAUGAGAGUGUCAAGAAAUUGUGGAGAUGUUCAAAUUCUCAGUGUUUGUGAC